AAUCUACUAGCUGCUGCUUCCGCCAUCCCCAUCAACUACUCCGUCUCCAUCAUCUCUCUCUCUCUCUCUACUUUCUAUCUGCAGAGCUCCGAUCCUCUGCGGCCAUGGCUACAGUCCUCGACUCCAUCGUCGUUCCCCGAUCCUCCGCUCUCCCUUCUUCUGCCGCGCUCUCUCGGAUCCCGGCUCCCUCGUCGCUCUCGUCCUUGUCCGCCGGCCCUCGGUUGCCUCGCUGCAGAGGCCUCAAGGUCGGAUCAGCUUUCCGAACUCGCUCCGUCGGAUCGCUGAGUUACGGUCCCGCUUCCGGGCGAGCGAGCCGCCGUGGCGGGCUCGUCGUCUGCGAGGCUCAGGACACUGCCGUCGAAGUGGCUGCUGUUAGUGAUGCAACAUGGCAGUCACUUGUCCUAGAUUCUGAAUCCCCUGUUUUGGUUGAAUUCUGGGCUCCGUGGUGCGGGCCUUGCCGUAUGAUCCACCCUAUAAUUGAUGAACUGGCAAAGCAAUAUGCUGGGAAGCUCAAAUGCUACAAAGUUAACACUGAUGAGAGUGCUUCAAUUGCAACCCGAUAUGGGAUUCGAAGCAUCCCAACUGUCAUCAUAUUCAAAGGUGGCGAGAAGAAAGAUGCCGUUAUUGGUGCUGUUCCAAAAUCUACAUUAACCACCAGCAUAGAGAAGUUCUUGUAGAGUGUGGUCCAUUUGAUUGUCAUAUAUGGCAAAACAUAAUCAGACUACUCCAAGAGAGCCUUUGCCAGCUGCUCCUGUAGAGCCUCAAAAUGCUACAAUUAAACCUCAGGUACCAUCUAAACGCAAAAGAGUAUAUGAACCCGUCUAAAGUUUGGGCACAUUAUGAAAGAGUUGGGCAACCUGAACCCAACCCAAUUAAACCCAAGCCCAAAUGAACUCGAUGGAAAUCCAAUCUGAACCCAAUCCUGAAUUGUAAAAGUUGGAUUAGGAUUGGGUUGACCUUCCAACCUGCCCGAGUUGCACCCCUAGUCGUAUACAGGUUAACAGGCUACAAAAUAAUAUAAACAUGUUCAAGUGUGUUAUUUUCAGGUUAAACAGGUUGACGAGAUCAACUGUUAUUUAACCCUAUCAUGCAAUUAUGUUCAACUCAAACCCGUUUAUUUCGUGUCAUCUUCAAGUCAA